AUGGUCGACUCUGAACAGGACGAGGGCGACGGCUCAGGCGGCGUUAAGCCUUCAACGGUGUUGCGUGGCAAACGCAAAAGAUACACGCCUGUGGCCUGCGAUGAAUGCAAGAAGCGCAAAGAGAAAUGCGACAGCCAAAUGCCAUGCCGACGCUGCCAGGACCGGACGGCUACAUGCUCUUACAGCUCGAGAUUAGGUCCCAUCCCGCUGCUGAAGGACAAGGAAAUCGAUGCGUUGAACGAGAAGUGCGAGAAAAUGCAAGCGCAAAUUGACAGCCUCAUGGCAGCCCGACUGCCGACUGGUUCGCCGACCGAACAACGAUCUACAGUGUCCGUGCCGACUUCUACCUCGCCAUCUUCCACCCUGGACAUCACCACUGGAACUAAUCAGUUGAACCACAAUGGGACUUUGAUGCUCUCCUCCGCGACUUCGCGGCGGAGGCAAUCGGACUUUCUCGGGCCCACCAGUUCAUCGUUCCUCCUCCAAAAGGGGACGGAAACUCUGGCAAAUGCUGGAAUACAUGCCUCAAUGUUUACAGAGAUCGAGGCGGGGCCUCUUGCGCCGCUGGCCAAAUCCGGAUUUCAAGAGACCUCUGUCGCGACUCGCGUGAUCGAAGACCCACUGUGUGCCAUUUCCCGAAAUGAAGCGCUGCGGUUGUUGGAUAGAUAUCACGAAGAGUAUGGGUCACUGUAUCGGUUCAUCGACAAGACGAUACUGUACCGUGCAGCUCACUACUUCUACGACUGUGUCAACAGUGGCUCUUUCUCCUCUACGAGAGCCUUCGUGAAGGACGAAAAUACCCUCUCCGGCGGAAUUUUGGACAUCUUGAAGCUGGCUAUUGCCGUCGCCGCAGCUAUAGAGAGUCGUGGACCCAAUAUUUUAAGUGAUAAGCUUCUUAAGAACGUUUAUUCUGGCUUUGAAACUCGCUUCUUGGGUGCCAAGGUUGAGCUCCUGGAAAUGCAGGCUUGGACUGUCAUAAGUGUCCUGCAGUUCCACCUAGAUGACGAGAUCCUUGCCUGGAGAACGAUUGGUCUUGCUGGCAGGGCCGCGAUCGAACUGGGCCUGCACCGACGCGAGACCUACUCGAUGCGAUUUUCCGACGUUGAGCAGCGCGUGAGGGUCACUCAACUGUUCUGGUCUAUCUAUGUGCUCGACCGGCGAUGGAGUUUCGUCACUGGCCGCUCUUUCGCUAUUCCAGAGAGUGACAUAGAUUUGGAUCCGCCUAAAUCGAGUGACUCGGACUCAUACAUCUUCUCCACCAUGGUUGCGUACGCGCAACUGGAAUCGAGAGUGUGGAAAUUGACCUCGAAAUCCACCGAUAAAGUCAGCUUCGAGAAGAUGUCUUCCCUCUAUUUCCGAGUGCAGCAAUGGUAUCGAAGUCUCGAACCCGAUUAUCGACUGAAUCCAACAGAGGCGAACAUGCUAGGUGGCCGAACGCAGAGCGAGAACGGAAUACGAAUACUGUUCUAUUUGAAAGUCAACCAACUGCAGCUAUUCAUAUUCCGCCAGGAGCUUUUACAUUGCCGAGGCAUCAACGAGGACUUGCCAAAUGCCAGCUUUGCUGUUGAAGCAGCAAAAGACAACAUUCGCCUGCUGCGAAGAGUGAGCCACACGACAGACCUCUAUUCGGCGCACCAAGCACCAUUCAACCACUAUCUGGUUUCUGCGCUAGCUGUGCUUUUCUUGGCCGUUUGUCACGCCCCAUAUCAGUUCAGCAACGCAUGUCAGGAAGAAUUUAUCGUUGCACUUGAGCUCAUCCAGGGCUUCUCCCUCGAGUCUCAUCUAGGCAGGAGGCUCUGGAAACGUGUCCAGCACCUCAAAGAGAUCAGCUUGAGCCUAGGGAUGCUACCCAAGAGAGCGCACACGGGUGGCACGGAGAACGUCAUUCUGAACAGCACAGAUGCGACUCUCCCAAUCACCAGUGACACAUCAACGGGACCAGAUCAGCACGCCAGAAUUCAACAGCGGCCGGUGUGGUAUCAGAGGAGAACGCCGCUAACGGACGAGACGAUCGAUCCGCAUCAGCUGACCGGUGACCUGACUACCAUCUUCGACACAAUGCAGCAGCCUUACAGAUGGUCUGCGGCUGGCGAAGUUGGCCCGGAUGGUAAUCAGCAGUCGAUGAACUGGGAGUUGUCAAGACAAUUUUUGGAUCUGGUCUAA